CCCCCCCCCCCGGGUCGUCGCCCUCUCUUCUCCCACACCACCACACCUCUCCAUUCUUCGCCUCUCCUUCUCGAUCCAUUCCGCGUCCUCCCUGUUCCCGGCCGAUCCCGCCUGUUGCGUGGUGUCCCUUCCUUUUUGGCCUCUCUUGCGUCUUAUUCUUCUUCGUCUCUCGUCUUGUUUGGCCUGGUCCAUCCACCGACAGCCCUGUAUCAAGGACAGCCCAGCGGCAAAGCCUCAUCCGCCCGCCCACGCGCUUCGCACACCAACCGCGCCGCGCGCAGCUGGCGACGACCCAAAUAGCACAAGACAAGCACCCGCGGCAGAGGCUCCCUCCCCUUUCUCGUCCAUCGUCUUGCCCUGCUCACCCGGCGUUUCACCUCUACACCCCAACCAACAGGGCUGAUUGAUCCGACCUGACGUCUGCCCACCCCCCCCUUGGCGGUCCUUGGACCCAGUGGCGCAUCUCGUCCAUUCCAGCAGCUUGCACCCGCGCCGCCUCGACGUAACCGCCCGCUUCCUUCAAAUCGACAGCCGCCCAACCUCUCACGACCUCGUCCGUUUUUCUGUCAUGACCAGCCCCCAGCCGCGUCGCUCCAGCUUCGGAAUGUUGCUCAAGCGUAGCAAGAGCGGCGACUUUGGCAAGGGCAAGAAGGCUCAGGCUCUUAAAGAGGCCGAGCUCGAGCGCCAGCGCCAGGCCGCUGCAUCGCGCAUCCCCCCCAAGCUGCCCGAGUUCACCAACCACUCCGAGCAGCUCUCCAAGUCCCUCGGCCACGACCUGCAGCCCUCCGAGCCCGCUUACAGCCUCGCGCCCGGCCAUCACGGCGUCAGUCGCGGUUCCGCCGAGGCCCCUCGCACCUACACGGCCGCAAACCACCCGCCCGUCCCCCCCAUCCCCUUUGAUCCCUAUGCUCGCACCGAGAGCAUGACGCACCGCGGCCGUUACAGCUACGCCAGCAGUGCCAUCAGCACCAUCAACAGCCCUCGGAGGGUCCGUAGAAGAAAGGAUCCCACUCCCUUCAAUAUUCUCGUCAUCGGGACACGAGGCUCGGGAAAGACUUCCUUCAUCGAGUUUCUCAAGACGGCCUUUGCGCUGCCCGCCCACAAGCGCCCAACCCGCAAGCCCGAAGAGGAUGACUUCAAGGUCCCGGCGCCCGCCAGCGGCAAUUUUGUGCCCCACUACCUCGAGACGGAGAUUGACAGUGAGCGCAUUGGCCUGACCAUUUGGGACUCGGAGGGCGUUGAGAAGAACCUGGUAGAUCUCCAGCUGAGGGAGAUGUCGGGCUUCCUGGAGAGCAAGUUCGAGGAGACCUUUGCCGAGGAGAUGAAGGUUAUCCGUUCGCCGGGCGUGCAAGACACCCACAUCCACGCCGUCUUCUUCGUUCUGGACCCGGCCGCGCUCGACCGCAACAUUGCCUCGGCUCGCAAGGCUGCAGGCUACCAGAACGGCGGCAUCAACGGCCUUAGUAACCGCACCUUUGGCGGCCUCGACAACGACGUGGAUCUCCAGGUUCUGCGCGCCCUUCACGGCAAGACGACUGUCAUUCCCGUCAUCGCCAAAGCAGACACGGUCACGACCAAGCACAUGAAUGUUCUCAAGAAGGCUGUCUGGGACAGCAUCAAGAAGGCCAAUCUCGACCCGCUCGAGGCCCUGGGUUUGGACGAGGAGGGCGACGACCUGUCCGGCCGGAUCGACGAGGAGGACGAGGAUGCCAUCGAGGAUGAGCAGCAUAUGAUGCCGUCGCCGCCGACGUCUCCCAACUCGAAGCGCCUCUCGAGCCAGUCGAUCCGCAGACACAAGGCCCAACCGGAGACCAAGGAGGACGACACGCCAUUUCUGCCGCUGUCCAUCAUCAGCCCCGACCUCUACGAGCCCGGCGUCACUGGCCGGCAAUUCCCCUGGGGCUUCGCCGACCCGUACAACGAGACGCACUGCGACUUCCAGCGCCUCAAGGAGGCCGUGUUCAGCGAGUGGCGCGCCGAGCUGCGUGAGGCGAGCCGAGAGCAGUGGUACGAGGGCUGGCGUACGAACAAGCUCAAUCGCGGCUCCGGAACGUCUUUUCGUGCCCGAUAGAGGUGCCUACUUCUUGACGAAAAUGUGAAAGUAAAACGAGGGGCUUGAUGUUUUCUUUUUAUUUGGUCUCAUCGGCACCGACCAUGCUCGACCAACAGAACAACUGGACAUUUGGCGUUGAAAUCGCACAUGGGAGCUCUUUUUUAUCCUUUUAUUUCCCCUCACCUUUCUCGACGUUGCGUCCUAGUUCCGAAUACCUCUUGCGUCAUUGUUUUUUCUGCACGGCCUGUGGCAUACCCCCUUUUAUUUGUCUCCGUCUGUCCCCCGUUCUGGCGCCGGAGGGACACGGCACUUUCUGAAUUGUCCGGCCCAUGGUGGUCGCUUGAAUAGAGCACCGCUGGGCGGAGUCUUUGGGAUCAGGAUUCCGCUUGGAUCGAGUCGCCGACCUUUUCUCUCUGUGGUCUUUUCUCGACCCCGCUUUUACCCAAGCAGAGGUGACGACUGCAGAGUCGCACGUUCGCCUUGUCAAGGCCGCGUGCGGUACGACUGGCGGGCUCGCCUCCUAGACGCACCACGUUUUCUUACGACAGUACCCAAUUUCUUUCACUCUCGAUGUGUUGUUGUUGUUGUUGUUGUCCUCAAGCCCAGGUCUUGACUGAAUACAACAGAAGGGCGCGAGAUAUGAAGCGGUGGACUUUGGUGCCACGCUGGCGGCGACGGGACAACUACUUUUUAUCACGACUGCCUAGGGGCCCGUGGGCCGCCAUGAGCUGGGAAAGUGUGUGGUGAUAACGCUGCUUGUAGACGGCGCGAUAGGUAGUUUGGUUCUCCGUGGCGUGUCUCGCUCGCCCUGAAUUCGAGAGUGCUUCUUUUUUCCUCUCUCACGAGACGUGUAUGGGUUCACUUGUGUUUUAUGUUGGCUGUGACGUUGCGACGACUCCCGAAAUGUAGGUGCGUAUCCAACAAG